AGUAAAAAUAUACAGUUACUUAUUGUUACUAUCGUUAUUUAAAAUGCAUAACCGUGAAACAGAUCCCAUUUAGUGCACCACAUGGCCCCAGGUAGACAUUUAAAAAGCCCGCCAAGUGGCAGCUGUCCGCUCGGUCUCCGAGGCUUCGCAAUGAGGGGGCCACGCGCAGGUCAAGACACCCACCCUAAAUUCGUCCUCAGUCCCAUUUCCAUCGUUGAGGCGGCGCCCCACACCAGUUCAUUCUCAUUACGGUUGCCAGGGCUUCGUACGCGUCCGGAAAGACGUUAUUCUGACGUUGAUUUUCGACCGAAAAAUCUCUGAUCUCGAACGGAAUAUUACAAACAAAAAUGGAGACAAACGAGCCUUUACAAGUGAUUAACGAUGCUUGGAGAAGUUACGCAACUAUAUGCAGAUUGUGUUUGCAAAAGGACGGCUUUAUGCUGGGUAUCUUUAACAAUAUACAAGGAAAAGAGAAGAGUAUAUCAAAGAAAAUCGUCGACUGCACGGCAUUAUCUGUGCAUCAGGGCGACGGACUUCCAAACGUAAUAUGCCACCGAUGUCUUUUCAAAAUAGAAUUUUGUCUGGAAUUCCGACAAUUAUGUUUCAUAUCGGACGCCACCCUUCGACAGCUAAGCGGAAUGUCCAAAGAAAAUGGCGAUAAUUCGAAUCCUCAGCCGCAUCUGCCCUUUUACGAGCAACUCGCUGGGAACGGAAGCGAUGAAAAUGUUGUUAUGGUUGUCGAUCCAAACACUUUGGAUUAUGAAUCUGAAUAUGACUCGGAAAAUGAGCGAAACAGUGAUCCAGAAACUAAUGAGCUUGAUGGCAAAAACGUUUCAAUGUGUAAAUUUUGCGACCACGCCUUUACCGAUAAAGCUGAAUGUAAUGAACACGAAGCUACGGCACACAAUUCGGACCAACCAUAUAAAUGUGCAAGUUGUUGCAUGGAUUUUGCCGAUCGACUGUUAUAUUCAGCUCACAUGAAAAGCGUUCACAAAAAUGAUAAACCUUACAAUUGUCCUCAGUGCGACAGAACAUUUGCUAGAAGAUCAGAUUUAAGGAAACACACCAUCGUACAUACAGGAGUGAAACCCUAUACCUGUACAGUCUGCUUUAAAUCCUUUUCGAGAAAUACAAAUCUUUCUAAACACAUGAGAAUACAUUCCGGGACGAAACCAUUUGUCUGUCAAAAAUGUCCGAGAACGUUUACAUCCAGAGGUGACUUGAACAGACACGCCAUGAUUCAUACUGGUCAAAAACCGUUUAGGUGUAACUAUUGUCAUCUGACUUUUGGUAGGAAAGACAAAUUACUACGGCAUGAAAAACGGCAUUGGCCUCAACAGAACGCGGAAGACAAAUCACACGAACUUCAACGGCUGCGGGAGAAUUUAGAUCUUGGAGAAUAUAAUUAUGGCCAUAUAAAUAACGACGGUUUUGAAAGAACUGAACCGGAAAGUGACAAACAGGAAGAAAAUAUGGUUAUUAAUUUGGAUCCAUUUAAUCAUAAUGAAUUCGGCAGUGAAACUAGUUUACCACGUGGGAGCGUAUCCGAAAAUGAACCAAAAGAAAACGACUUACCCGGCAUUCCAGAUCACAUUAAAGACGAAUUUAAAACGGAAGAUUCUUUAUUCGACACUUCAAGGGACCAUGUAACAGGCGAAAGUUUUUCAAGUGAGACGGACGGGCAUGAGAAGCCUAACUCGGAGAGUCCAGGACUACCUUACAAAUGUACGCAUUGCCCUAAAAGAUUUUCUACCCCUGACAACCUAAAAUAUCACAUGGCUAGGCAUACAGGUAUUCGACCUUUUGCAUGUCAUAUAUGCAACAAAACGUUCAUUAGGAAAAGAGAAUUGGAUAGACACGUAGUGACUCAUACGGGCGUCAAACCUUUCAAGUGCCCAAAAUGCCUCAAAAGUUUUGGAAGGAAAGACAAAUUGGUUAGGCAUAUGCGCAUUCACGACAGGCGGGACGGAUUCCAAAUGAAAAAAAUGUUUGGAGGACAAGAUAAAUUUAGGAAACCCAUAUUCUUACAGCAGCAACAACAGCAGCAGCAGCAACAGAAGAACGACUAAUAUUAUAUAGUUACCAAUAUUUAAAUUUCGUUUUACUUUAUUUUGUUGAUAUUUUAUAUAGAUGAAAUAUCGUUAAGAGUGCCUCAAAAAUAUAUUUUUUGUUCUGGACUUAUUUCUACUACUUAUAGACCAAAUAGUUAGUUGUUUUAAAUUAUUGUUAUAUUUUUUUCUGUGAGAGUAAAAGAUAUUUUUUUGUAAAUUUUAUAUUGAAAGGUUGUGUAGAAUAAAUUUUAUAUUCUCUUUA